AUGAAUGGAACUGUUAUUAUGAAUGGUAAUGGUUCAAGCGGUGCAUUAUCAACUCAGAAUCUACCUGAAUCUCCCACUGCAAAACAAGAAUCAAAUGAAAUUGGUUACCCAAGUACCAAAGAGCAAUUAGGUACUUUAUUAGAUAGAUAUUACAAACUUCUUUUUGAAACCAAGAAACUUAAAGGUGAAUCUGAAAAUCUGGAAGAUCAGAAGUUUGAAGAUGAUAAUAUUGAAUUCAAACAGAAAAUAGAAAAAGUAUUAGGUCAAGUUAGCUUGGAACAUGAUCAAUUUGUCAAAGAAAACGAAGAGUUCAUGAAUGAAAUACUUACCGUGGAUACCACCGAGACAGUAAAGGAUUUUGACAAUGAGUUAUUUGAGAAGCAGAUCGCAGGGCUCUUGUUGUUGAGUAGAGACUACGAUCUUCCGGAGAGUUUACAAUCUGAAUUUAAAGAAACUCAGUGUAAUGUUAACAAAGAUGACUUGGUAGAUAAAAUCUUACUGAAAUUGUUGCAAAUGGAAACCGAUUUUGAGAAAAAAGCUGAAGCUUUUGGUGUAGCGAAAGCUACCAAGGAAAAUGAGCCGGCAUCAGCUGCAUUGGGUACUUUAGAAGCUGAAAAAAUAAUCAGUAAUAAGAUAUCUCAACGAUUGAAAGAAUUGGAGAAUUUACCAGCUAAUAUCGGGACAUUUGGGGAUGACACUAAAGUUGAUAAUUUGAAGAUUCAAGCUUUGAUUGAACUUAAGGCAAUCAAGUUAUUAGCCAAGCAGAAGCUUUUGAGACAUAAUGUGUUGGUUCAUGAAUCACAACAAGUGAAAUAUGUCAACCCUGAUUUAAAAUCCACCCCACUUGCGUUGCUGGAGAAGAGAUCGUUUAAUGUAAGACCAAAAAUAGAACAGAGAAAUCCACAAUUGUUGGCUAUACAAUUGGAAGAGUCCAAGAAACUAAAGGCUAAAGAAGUCAAGCGUCAACAGCAUAUUGAAAAAGUUCAACAAAUUUUGGAAAGCUCAAUCCAACGAGGUACCAUGAAGUUCACCAGAGACACAUACCGUGGCCAUUAUUUGCAUAAACAAAUUAACAAUUUCCACCAAACCACUGAAAAGGAAGAAAGUAAGAAGUUGGAAAGAACAGCCAAGCAGAGAUUGCAAGCUUUGCGUGCAAACGAUGAAGACGCAUAUCUUAAAUUAUUGGACGAAACUAAGGACCAUAGAAUUACUCAUCUUUUGAAACAAACUAAUCAAUUCUUGGAUUCGUUGACAGAGAAAGUUAAAGCUCAACAACAGGAAUCUGGUGGCAGUGCAAUUGCCACACCAAGAAGCGCAAGUCCUGAUGCUAUUACUAUUGAUGUGACUGGAGGCGUUGCUGCUGCUGUUGCCGAUAACAAAGCCGACUUGCGUGAAAAGACCGAUUAUUAUGAUGUUGCUCAUAAGAUUAAAGAAAAGAUUGAAGAACAACCAACAAUUUUGGUUGGUGGUAAAUUAAAGGAAUAUCAAAUGAAAGGUUUGGAAUGGAUGGUGUCGUUGUAUAAUAAUCAUCUUAACGGUAUUUUGGCAGAUGAGAUGGGUUUGGGUAAAACCAUUCAAUCGAUUUCAUUGAUUACUUAUCUUAUUGAAAAGAAACAUGAAAGCAAGUUUUUGGUCAUUGUGCCACUUUCUACGAUUACCAAUUGGACUUUGGAAUUUGAAAAAUGGGCACCAUCUGUUAAAGUGAUUGUUUACAAAGGUUCACAACAACAAAGAAGAUCGUUGCAACCGGAAAUAAGAUAUGGCAAUUUCCAAGUUUUGUUGACCACAUACGAGUAUAUUAUCCGUGAACGUCCCUUGUUAGCAAAAUUUCAUUAUUCACACAUGAUUAUUGAUGAAGGUCAUAGAAUGAAAAACUCACAAUCAAAGUUGUCGCAGACUUUGCGAACUUAUUACAAGACCAAGAAUAGGUUGAUUUUAACCGGUACCCCGUUGCAGAAUAAUUUACCGGAAUUAUGGGCAUUGUUGAAUUUUGUUUUGCCGGGUAUUUUUAAUUCAGUCAAAUCCUUUGAUGAUUGGUUCAACACGCCAUUUGCAAAUACAGGUAAUCAAGAGAAGAUUGAGUUGACAGAAGAAGAAUCGUUGUUGAUCAUUCGAAGAUUGCACAAAGUUCUUAGACCUUUCCUUUUGAGAAGAUUGAAGAAAGAUGUUGAGAAAGAUUUGCCGGAUAAGGUGGAAAAGGUUUUGAAAUGUAAUUUGUCCGGGUUGCAAUACGUGUUGUAUCAACAGAUGUUGAAACACAAUGCAUUGUUUGUUGGUGCCGAUGUUGGUGGUGCCAAGAGUGGUAUCAAAGGUUUGAACAACAAGAUUAUGCAAUUAAGAAAAAUAUGUAACCAUCCGUUUGUUUUUGAAGAAGUGGAGGCGGUAUUAAAUUCACUGAGGUUGACCAACGAUCUCAUUUGGAGAGUUUCAGGUAAAUUUGAGCUAUUGGACAGAAUAUUACCCAAAUUCAAGAAAUCGGGCCAUCGUGUUUUGAUGUUUUUCCAAAUGACUCAAGUGAUGGAUAUUAUGGAAGAUUUUCUCAGAUGGAGAAAUAUGAAAUAUUUGAGAUUGGAUGGUGGUACUAAAGCUGAAGACCGUCAAGAUAUGUUGAAAGUGUUCAACGCCCCUGAUUCUGAGUAUUUCUGUUUCCUUUUGUCUACUAGAGCCGGUGGUUUAGGUUUGAAUUUACAAACAGCUGACACCGUUGUUAUUUUUGAUACCGAUUGGAACCCUCAUCAAGAUUUGCAAGCUCAAGAUAGAGCCCAUCGUAUUGGUCAAAAGAAUGAGGUGCGUAUUUUGAGAUUGAUUACCAAUGAUUCUGUUGAAGAAAUGAUUUUGGAAAGAGCACACCAGAAGUUGGAUAUUGAUGGUAAAGUUAUUCAAGCUGGUAAGUUUGAUAAUAAAUCCACACCCGAAGAGCAAGAAGCAAUGUUGAUGAGUUUAAUCACAGCAUCGGCUACUGAUGCCGUUAACGAGGAAGACAACUCUUUGGAGGACGAUGAAUUGAACGAAAUUUUGGCACGUAGUGAAGAAGAGAAGGCGUUGUUUGCUGCUAUGGAUGAAGAACGAAAACUCAAUGAUGUUAAUCUCAAGUCGAGAUUGAUUGAAAAAGAUGAAUUGCCUAGUGUAUUUACUGAAGAUAUUUCAAAGCAUUUUGAAAAGGACAACAAGGAGUUGACUAAAAUGAGAGAGAAAAAACGUGUUAGAUAUGAUGAUGGAUUGAGUGAAGAACAAUGGCUUAGAGCAAUGGAUGAUGACAAUGACACUGUUGAAGACGCCAUCAAACGUAAAGAACGCAGAAUGGCCAAGAGAAAGAGAAACAAGGCUAUAAGAGAAGGGUUAUUGGAAGAAGACAUUAAGGAUGAUGAAGUUGGUGAAGAAGACGAUGUUGACUUUGCAGAAGCUGCCCAACCACGCAAAAGACAACGUCGUGAGCGAACUCCAUUACCUCAUAUUGAAGAUGGCGUCAAUGGGAUAGAAGAGGAAGAAGAAGAAGAGGAGGAAGUCGUGGAUGGGUUUGUUGCUAAAUGUUUAGGGGUCAUUGAUGAAAUCACAGCUUUGACUGAUGAAAAUGAUGGACACAACUUGAGUGAUAUUUUCAUCAAGUUGCCAUCGAGAAAAUUGUACCCAGAUUAUUACCUGAUUAUCAAGAAACCAGUUUCUAUCAAUCAAGUGAAAAAACAAUUGAAUCAAGAUAAGUUUGCAUCUUUUGAAGAAUUUAUUGCCGAAUUAAAACAAAUGUGUCUCAAUGCUAAAACAUAUAAUGAAGAAGGGUCAUUUGUAUACACAGAUGCUACGGUUAUUGAGAAAUUGCUUGAUGAGAAGUUAGCAGAAGGCGAUGAAGCCCGUAUAAAUGUAUAA